GGAAUCGAGUAAUUAGCAGCCACAAUGAAAGUUUUAGUUUUCGCAGCUCUUUGUAUCGUAGCCGUCACGGGCGUGCCCUCUCAGAGGGUGAUUGGGGGUUCAUUAGUUAUGGUUGAAAACCAUCCCUCUAUUGCUUCCCUCCAGACGUGGGAUUGGUUUACGAAUAUGUUCUGGCAAGCUUGUGGUGGCGUCAUCAUCAACAAUCGCGCCAUUCUUACUGCCGCCCACUGUUUACAUGGUGACAACGUUAGUCAGUGGCGCAUCCGUAUAGGCACCAGCUUUGCCAAUACAUGGGGACAACAGCAUUUGAUCAACCGCCACAUCGCUCAUCCAUUAUACAGUUCCAGAACCUUGGACCAUAACAUCGCUAUUCUGCAUUCUGUCACCACCUUUACUUUCAACAAUGAAGCGCGCCCUGGUUCCAUAGCAGGUCCUAACUACCACGUUGCAGAUAACCAAGGUGUCUGGGCUGUCGGAUGGGGCCAGAUUUACCAAUGUUCGGAGCCACGAUCUCUGUCCAAUACACACGAGCGACGGGUUGAUUCAGAAGUACUUCGUCAAGUUCAGCAGUUGGUUAUAAACCAGCAGACAUGCAGAAACAACUACGCCGCCCGAAACAUUGCUAUUACCGAAAACAUGUUGUGUGCCGGUUGGCACACUAAUGGUCGCGGCCACUGCGAUACUGAUUCUGGUAAUCCUCUUUACCAUAAUGGUGUGGUUGUUGGAAUCUUUGCUUUUAGCGUCGGCAUCGCUCAAGCUAACUUCCCUAGUGUACACACCCGCGUAUCCAACUACGCGUCUUGGAUUACCGCUAACGCAUAAUAUAUUUCUUAUUUCUACCAGUUUGUACCUAUA